AUGGCCUCUACUUCGGCAUCAUCCGAUCACAAGAGCUUCAAGUACGAUGUGUUUAUAAGCUUUAGAGGCGAAGAUACUCGUAAGAACUUCGUUGAUCAUCUUUACCAUGCUCUUAUGCAAAAAAGCAUUCAUACUUAUAAAGAUGAUGUCAGAAUCACUAAAGGCAAAAGAAUCAGUGAUGAGCUCAUCACUUCCAUCCAAGACUCGAGGUUCUACGUCAUAGUUUUCUCCAAGAACUAUGCAUCCUCGUCAUGGUGUCUGGAUGAGCUUGUGCAGAUCAUGGAGGAGUGCCACAAGUCAACCUUCCAUACUGCUUACCCUGUCUUCUAUGACGUGGAACCCACCGAGAUCCGGAAACAAAGUGGGUCGGUCGGAGAAGCCUUUAGCAAACAUGAAAACCAAGAUCCCUCUGCUGCCAAAUGGAGACAAGCAUUGAAAGAAGCGGCUGAUCUGGCUGGCUGGGAGUUGAAGAACACUCUUGAUGGUUUAAUGUACAGGCAUGAAGCUAAAUUUAUUCAAAAAGUUGUCGAAGAGAUUUCACUAGAUUUACGUUUCAUUGAU